UUCUCUUCCGUCUGCUCGCAGCUGUUAAACGCUUAAUGAAAGAAGCAGCAGAGCUGAAAGACCCAACAGAUCAUUACCACGCACAGCCUUUAGAGGAUAAUCUUUUUGAAUGGCACUUCACAGUUAGAGGGCCCCCAGACUCUGAUUUUGAUGGAGGAGUUUAUCAUGGGCGAAUAGUGCUGCCACCGGAGUACCCCAUGAAACCACCCAGCAUCAUUCUCCUAACGGCUAAUGGACGAUUUGAAGUAGGCAAGAAAAUCUGUUUGAGCAUCUCAGGACAUCAUCCUGAAACUUGGCAGCCUUCAUGGAGCAUAAGGACGGCGUUGUUAGCCAUCAUCGGGUUCAUGCCGACGAAAGGCGAGGGGGCCAUAGGGUCUCUGGAUUACACGCCCGAGGAGAGAAGAGCUCUCGCCAAAAAAUCACAAGAUUUCUGUUGUGAGGGAUGUGGCUUUGCCAUGAAGGAUGUCCUGUUGCCUUUAAAAUCUGGAAGCGAUUCAAGCCAGGCUGACCAAGAAGCCAAGGAACUGGCUAGACAAAUCAGUUUUAAGGCAGAAGUUAAUUCAUCUGGAAAGACUGUUGCUGAGUCGGACUUAAACCACUCUUUUUCACUAAGUGGUUUACAGGAUGACGGACCUGCAACAUUCCAGGGUGCUACCGCAAGUACAUCGUAUGGAACCGAGAACCCCUCAGCAGCAUCCCUUCAACAGCCUGCCCAGCCCGUAGCUAAGAGCACCUCCAUGAGCCCUCGACAGCGCCGGGCCCAGCAGCAGAGUCAGAGACGGCCGUCUGCUUCCCCAGACUCCACCCAGGGCCAGCAGCCGAGAGGCAACCACACCGACCACGGCGGGUCUGCUGUCUUGAUUGUCAUCUUGACUUUGGCACUGGCAGCUCUUAUAUUCCGGCGAAUAUAUCUGGCCAAUGAGUACAUAUUUGACUUUGAGUUAUAAUAUGGUUUUGUGUCUUAAGAGCUGUGACUCAGCUGCUUCAUUAAACAUUCUGCAUUGGGUAUAAUCUAAGAAUUGUUUACAAAAUAAUUAUUUUAUAUUUACUCUUCAUUCCUUUUUUGAUCCUUAUAAAUUCAGUAUAAAUAUAUCUAGACAUUCAGUGUCCUGCUUAGUUGAAGGACUGGAAGUCAAAGUCCCUCGUCUCUCUAUCCAACCUGCUCUACCGGGAAAUAACUUAUUUGCUGUUUUUCAUGCCUCAGCUUUUCUUUAUGUAAAUUUGUGAUUCUUUUCUGUAUAGCCCUUUGGAAUUUUUGGAUAAAAGAUGGUAUUUUAAGUUCCAGUGAGUAUUACUAGUUACUCGAUACCAUUGAGUACUCUGUUUCUACUUAUGUAGAAUGACAUGGAGAUAAGAGUUGAAAAGGGAAAAUAAAACUCCUCAAAUAGCUUGCUUAAAACGCGUUCAUGUGAGAGAUACUGGGAUUGCCCAUUCUAUGACUGACUCUAUGUCCUAAACAUUCUUUGGUGAAAUUAACUAUUUUGGUCAGACAUUUCUGAGGAAAUGAGAUUACAUCUUUAUUACUGGAUGUUAUUUGAAGGGGAAAUAAUGCUCUGUAACCACUUUGAUAUGCUGUUAUCCCCUUCUCUCCAGUUCACACACAAGAUUUUUUUAGAAAAGAAGGAAAACAAUCCUCCUUAGAUCUUUGAAAUAAGGAAGGAAGGGUCCAAGCCAGGAAAUUGCUUGAUUUUCUUCCCAAAGUUAAAUGGGAGGGUCUUAAGAUUUGAAUGUUUGCUCUACUUGGACUUGUAUGUCUUUUGAGUUGUAUUAUAUUCCUAGCUUUAUAAUCACUAUAAAUUUAAUUAUUUUAGUAAUAUGCAUAAUAUUGAACUAUUUCAUGUACCAUUUUAAUAAAAAAGCUCAGGGCCCAUGUAACAGUGAUAGAAAUUAGAAAAACCUCUACUUAGAAUUGCCUACCUAAUCAAAGCCCAAGAGAUCAUUUUCAGUGCAAAAAUCAAUAUAUAACUUAGUGCUAGCUAGCUCCACAGACUCUAGUAGAUAAUUUAAACUAUCAUCGUGAAUAAUGCAUGGUGAGAACAUAUAGUCACAGGAAAACAUUGCCUUCAGCAUGUUCAGUAGCAGCAUUGAGGGCACUUGCGAGAGUAUUGCUAAUCAAGAUUUAAUUUUUAAAUACAGGCAGUCCCCAACUUUCAAAUAGGUUAUGCUCUAAAAGUGCAUUUGUAAGUUAUUAUUAUUUUUUUUUACAACUCAGUGUUGUAAAUUGUGUUUAGGUUCUAGGCAGGAAGACAAAAGUUUGUCCACAAUGUAUCUUGAGUACUUUGGAGAGUGGUGUUUAUAAAGUCCUUAUGUGGUUUAUUAUGGGCAAUAAAGAAGCAAUUUAUAAAAUGAUUUAAAGGCCAAUUUAGUUUUUACUCCUGCUCUCAUUGGGCUUUGGUUCUAUGAACUGUUAGACACCAUUUGCUUUCAUUUGAUAGCCCAGUUUAUGUCUGUAUCUAAAAUAAGAACAUAUUGUACUAUGAUAUAAUGCACAGUUUUCAUAAAUUUUAAUAAAUUAGCAUUUUUAAAGUCUUUACAGAUUGCUACUGUUCUGUCUACAGCUGAAUUCGGUAAAGUCUAAAAAGCCUAAGGACUUUAUGAAGACCUCCUAUGUCAGAAAAAUUAUAGGUUAGUAUCUUAGAACUUUAUUGCCCUGAGAAAAUACGUUCUGAAGCUUGGUUUGGAAUGUAAGGUAUCAGGGGUGUUAGUUCAGUGGUCUCCUAGCAGGAGGUCUCUGACUCGCCUGGGCAGCACCAGGUCAUGCUAUCACCUAAGAACGUCCCCCGUCUCAGCCUAGGCUGAGCCAAAUCGUGUGCUAGGGACAGCCGCCCCUGCUCUCCCUCUGAGCCAGCCUCAGUCUGUGUGAUAGUGUUGCGUGUGUUCAUGGGGUGUGUGUAUACUUAAAACUGAUGAAGAAGGCACGUCAUACAGUUCCUCCUCUGCCUGAGUUGGCCUCUCGUCCCUCGCUCAUCGACUGCCAGGCCAGCUUCUCCUUCGCUUUUUCUUUUUUUAGCACCUGAUACACAUAUCUGAAGUGGCAUAUCUUUUGCAGCUUCCCUGUCAGCUCACGUUGCUACUUAAAAAUCCUUAAGUUGUCGAUCUGACCCCCAUCGUGGAGUUAAUGAACAAAAUUGGUCUUUGGAGCCAUUCUUAACACCCCGAUAAAGGGCUUCUUCAGAAAACCAUUAUUUUUAAAGCCCCACUGUAAUCCCUUAUUUAUAGCAUAAGGCCAGGAAAAAAACAUGUGAUCUGGUAGAUAAAGGCUUAGGACUCCUUUUCCAAAUCUUCAGGUUUAGGUAACUCAUGACUGUUUUUUUGACCAACACAGCACAUACAAGGGUAGUUAAAAUAGCAUGCAUGCUUGAAAAAAACGUGUCUGUUUUGCCUGUAACUGUUUAAACCGAUGAAACCUUUUAAACUUUAUGUAUUGUGGGCUUUUAUGUAGCACUUUACAUUUUCAUGCUGCUUAUAGUUUAAUUCUACUGAAAUAAAUGAAUUUCAUCAAAAUUCUCAACUGCUUUUUAAAAAACAAAAUCCUUUAAGAUUGUAUAUUAUUUUGACUAUGAAAACAUAAAAUUUCCUAUUUCAGGAGAAUAAGAAAUCUUUUUGUUAUUUUCUGGCUAUGAAUAAACUUCCUGGUACCUUGA